GACACUCGUCGGCGGUCAUGCACUCCCCCAGACAGGGCAGUGACGAGACCAAACCGGCCCCGGGAGGCCAUUUUCUUUGACCAAAGCCGAGGCCGGGGUCGGCUCCCUCAGCCCCACCCGGCGCUUCCUAUCUGGCCCAGGAGAGGUUUUGUCGUGGAUCACAGUGCACUGGCCUCGGGGACAGGGAGGAAAUAGCCGAUCCCUGGCGGGGGGCCGGGAUCCGGGCCGCUUCCAGCGGAGGGUCCCCCGGGUAGGCGGGAGUCGACGUCACCGGGACUCGAACCCGCCCUCUCAUCCCCAGAGGCCUAAGUCUGUGGCGGCUGCUGGAAAACGAACUGUCGCACUGUCCCUUUAAGGCGGCACUUUUUACUCGGCAUUUGUUUACUUCUUCUUGCGCUCUUCGGUUUUUUUUUUUUUUUGAGAAUUAUAUCCACAAUAUCCUUCCGCAAAGAUCCGUUCUGGAGCCGAGCUACCUGCCUUGAAGCUAUUACUGCAAAUCUCGUAAAUCAGGAGUUUGCAGCGAUGUUCAGCCUCUCUGUAUGUGAUUUUUAAUCCUUUUACACUUUAGGGACUACUUUUUUGGGAAUAAACCAUUUUAAAGUUUUGUUAGCAAGUGUUUGUGACCGCCAGAACCUUCCCGCCGAAGGCACAGUACGCUAACAGUCUCUUAAACACACCUUUUCUUAAAGAUACUCUGUGUGGGCUCCCAUCGGUCAUGGAAUCUUCUCAUAUUCCUGACUCAGAAUGGUAUGGUCCAGAGCCCGCCCCGUCUUCUCCGCGAUUGGUCUUCCUUCCUAGGAGAGACGAGACUUCAAACUUCAAGAGGAGGACUUAACUAGCCAUGGCCGAGCCACUCUUGUCAGAAUAUCAACACCAGCCUCAAACUAGCAACUGUACAGGUGCUGCUGUUGUCCGUGAGGAGCAGAACCCCGACCGCCCCCCGGGCGCGGAGGAGCGGGUGCCCAAGGAGGACGGUAGGUGGCAAUCGAGAGCGUCCCCCCUGUCGGGCGGCUGUCCGGGGCUGGAGGGAGAAGGGAGCCUGGAGCCCCAGCCGCCUCCCAUGCAGACCCAGGCCUGUCCGGAAUCUAGCUGCCUGGACGCGGGUGAGAAAGGCCAGAAUGGGGACGACCUGUCCGCCGGCGGCGCCUCUCCGCCGGCGGGAGGGGAGCCGACGUCCGAGCCGCCCGCCCAGCCGGUUCCUGACCCUGAGACCAUCAAGUUGGGGGCUCCCGCCGCUGGGGGCGAGGAGGCGUGGGGACAGCAGCUGAGGCAGCUGGGCAAGAAGAAACAUAGGAGACGCCCCUCCAAGAAGAAGCGGCACUGGAAACCGUACUACAAGCUGACCUGGGAGGAAAAGAAAAAGUUUGACGAGAAGCAGAGCCUACGAGCUUCGAGGAUUCGAGCCGAGAUGUUCGCCAAGGGCCAACCGGUUGCGCCCUACAACACCACGCAGUUCCUCAUGGAUGAUCACGACCAAGAGGAGCCGGAUCUCAAAACCGGCCUCUACCCCAAGCGGGCUGCGGCCAAGUCCGACGACACCAGCGACGAGGACUUUAUGGAGGAGGCGGGCGAGGAGGACGGGGGCAGCGACGGUAUGGGGGGCGACGGCAGCGAGUUUCUGCAGCGGGACUUCUCGGAGACGUACGAGCGGUACCACGCGGAAAGCCUGCAGAACAUGAGCAAGCAGGAGCUCAUCAAGGAGUACCUGGAGCUGGAGAAGUGCCUCUCGCGCAUGGAGGACGAGAACAACCGGCUGCGGCUGGAAAGCAAGCGGCUGGGGGGCGAUGACGCGCGCGUGCGGGAGCUGGAGCUGGAGCUGGCCCGGCUGCGCGCCGAGAACCUCCAGCUGCAGACGGAGAACGAACUCCAUCGGCAGCAGGAGCGGGCGCCGCUUUCCAAGUUUGGAGACUAGACUGUAAACUUCUGGGGGGAGGGGGCAAAGGGGGACUUUUUACAGUGCUGGAAUGUAACAUUAUAUACAUGUGUAUAUAAGACAGUGGAUCUUUUUAUGACAUAAUCAGAAGAGAAAAUCCCCUCCGGCUUUGGUUGGUUUGGUAAACUUAGCUAUGAUGUAGCUUUGCGUGCUUUCUCCUGUUCUUUAAUUAUGUGAAACUGAAGGGUUGUUUUCUUGUUUUCCUUUUUAAAGUUUUUUAAUGUGUAAUUUGACCAAAUUAUAAUGCAUUUUUCUGUUAAGAGAAAUCCCCCUCAAACCAAGCUAUAAGGUGGCCAAAUCUGAGAACCAAUAAAUUCUAGUUAUAAUAAAUUUAAUAUUUGUAAAUGUAA